CAUAAGACAGAGACCGCUCAGUGGUUUCAGUAUACUCUGCCAGCUAGCUCUGCCUUCCUCCGUUGAAAUCUCCCAGAAACCGGUUACAAAUCCGACCCGGCCCGGCUAGGAGUGCGCAGUAUCUGCACCCAAACCACUGGUUGCACCUCCCCCCUCCUCCUCCUCCUCCAACCACCGACCUUGGUAUAUUGAGCAGAGUUAUACCUGCUCCUAUAGAACUCAUAUCCAUUCAGUGACCUAACUCUCUCCUCUCACCAGUGUAUCCAGUGUCUCCUGUAUAAAGUAGAAUUAUUGGAUAUUCUUGAAUCCUGCUCCAGGAUGGGUGAACAGUUCUGCUUGAAGUGGAAUAACUACCAGGUUUCACUGAGCUCCGCGUUUAAGCACAUCUUAGAAGAGGAAGAUUUCGUGGAUGUGACCCUUAGCGCUCAGGGGCAGAGUAUCAAGGGGCACAAGGUGGUGCUAAGCGCCUGCAGUACAUAUUUCAAGGAACUUCUGACUGGAAUCAGCCCCUGGCAACACCCCGUCCUAGUCCUCAGAGAUGUGCCGUUUAACGACCUCCAGUCUAUCGUGGAGUUUGUAUACCUCGGAGAGGUCAAUCUGGAACAGGAGAGGUUGGUUUCUUUCCUGAAAACCGCCGAGGUUCUUCAGAUUAAAGGUUUAAAGGACUGGAUCAAGGCUCCUGGUGCUACUGCUGUCCCUGAUGAGACGCCAAUUAAACCUAAAGUCGAGGUUGUAGAUCCUCUAGAGAGCCUCGACGACUCAUCACACAAACGAUCCUUCGAGUCUGAAUCCGAUACAGCCUCAGAGAAGCGAAUGCGUCUGUUCGAGGAGGACAACAUGGUGAUCGACGACGGAUCUGAUAACGAGGACUCUGUCUACUCCGGGGAGCAUAUUGUUGUGUCUGGAGACCCUGUGACCCCCCUGGAUAUUCUGAACCGACCUCCUCCACCUCCUGGAGUUAAAGAAGACCUCGGACCUCUACAUAAACGCUGCUAUGUCUGCCAGAUGAUCAUGCUCAAGAAAAACUUGUCCAGACACAUCAGGUAGUUAAUCAAUCAUUGGGAUUUUUGCGA